GAGGGGCAGCGAGGUGGAAGACUGGGAGGACCUCCUGAAGGACCAGCGAGACUCGGAGACCGGAGAUCCUCCUUGGGAGAUCUGAGAUUCGGGGCGCCAGCGUAUUUCCUUGCCCUUGCCGGGAGCGCGAGCAAGCGGUUGCCCCAUGGCGGGACCUCCGGGCCGCGAUCCUUGGGGGACCCCUGGGAUUUGUUACCUUUUCGGCUCCCUGCUCGCCGGACUGCUCUUCCCAGGGGCUGCCGCCUUCAAUCUGGACGUGAUGGGCGCCCUCCGCAAGGAGGGCGAGCCGGGGAGCCUCUUUGGCUUCUCGGUGGCUCUGCAUCGGCAGUUGCAGCCGCGACCCCAGAGCUGGCAAGGAUACUGGAGUGGGUUGCCGUUUCCUCCUCCACGGAAUCUUCCUGACCAGGCAUCAAACCCGUGUCUGUUGCAUCUCCUGCGUUGGCAGACAGAUUCUUUAUCACCAACGCCAUCUGGAAAGCCACCAGAGAGAGUAAUUGUGGAUAUUGAAAGGCUGCUGGUGGGCGCUCCCCAGGCUCUGGCCCUGCCAGGGCAGCAGGCAAAUCGCACUGGAGGUCUCUUCGCUUGCCCCCUGAGCCUGGAAGAGACUGACUGCUACAGAGUGGACAUCGACCGGGGAGCUGAUGUGCAGAAGGAGAGUAAGGAGAACCAGUGGCUGGGAGUCAGUGUUCGGAGCCAGGGGCCUGGGGGCAAGAUUGUUACCUGUGCACACCGAUACGAGGCGCGGCAGCGUGUAGACCAGAUCCUGGAGACGAGGGAUGUGAUCGGCCGCUGCUUUGUUCUAAGCCAGGACCUGGCCAUCCGAGAUGAGCUGGAUGGUGGGGAGUGGAAGUUCUGUGAGGGACGCCCCCAGGGCCACGAACAGUUCGGCUUCUGCCAGCAGGGCACGGCGGCUGCCUUCUCCCCUGACAGCCACUAUCUCCUCUUUGGGGCUCCAGGAACCUAUAACUGGAAGGGCACGGCCAGGGUGGAGCUCUGUGUGCAGGGCUCAGCGGACCUGGCACACCUGGACGACGGGCCCUACGAGGCGGGGGGUGAGAAGGAGCAGGACCCCCGCCUCAUCCCGGUCCCUGCCAACAGCUACUUUGGUUUCUCCAUCGACUCGGGGAAGGGACUGAUGCGAGCUGAGGAGCUGAGCUUUGUGGCAGGGGCCCCCCGUGCCAACCACAAGGGUGCUGUGGUCAUUCUACGCAAAGACAGUGCCAGUCGCCUGGUGCCUGAAGUGACGCUGUCCGGGGAGCGCCUGACCUCCGGCUUUGGCUACUCGCUGGCCGUGGCUGAUCUCAACAAUGAUGGCUGGACAGACCUGGUAGUUGGUGCCCCCUACUUCUUUGAGCGCCAAGAAGAACUGGGGGGUGCCGUGUAUGUGUACAUGAACGAGGGGGGUCACUGGGCCGGGGUCGCCCCUCUCCGGCUCUGCGGCUCCCCUGACUCCAUGUUUGGGAUCAGCCUGGCAGUCCUGGGGGACCUCAAUCAAGACGGCUUCCCAGACCUUGCUGUGGGGGCUCCCUUCGAUGGGGACGGGAAGGUCUUUAUCUACCACGGGAGCAGUCUGGGGGUUGUCACCAAGCCAUCCCAGGUGUUGGAAGGUGAGGCCGUGGGCAUAAAGAGCUUUGGCUACUCCCUGUCGGGUGGCCUGGACGUGGAUGGGAACCACUAUCCAGACUUGCUGGUGGGUUCCUUGGAUGACACUGCUGCGCUCUUCAGGGCCAGGCCCGUCCUCCAUGUCUCCCACGAGGUCUCUAUUCUUCCACGAGCCAUCGACCUAGAACAGCCCAACUGUGCCAAUGGCCACUUGGUCUGCAUGGACCUGAGGGUCUGUUUCAGCUACGUCGCAUUGCCCAGCAGCUAUAGCCCUACUGUGGCCCUGGAUUACGUGUUAGAUGGGGACACAGACCGGAGACUCCGGGGCCAGGUGCCCCGUGUGACCUUCCUGAGCCGUGGCCCCGAUGACCCCAAGCACCAGUCCUCAGGCACUGUGUGGCUGAAACACCAGCAUGACCGAGUCUGCGGAGACACCAUGCUCCAGCUUCAGGAGAAUGUCAAAGACAAGCUUCGGGCCAUUGUCGUGACCCUGUCCUAUGGUCUCCAGACCCCUCGGCUCCGACGACAGGCUCCUGGUCAGGGGCUGCCCCCAGUGGCCCCCAUCCUCAACGCCCACCAGCCCAGCACCCAGCGGACAGAGAUCCACUUCCUGAAGCAAGGCUGUGGUGAAGACAAGAUCUGCCAGAGCAAUCUGCAGCUGGUCCACGCCCGGUUCUGCGCCCGCGUCAGUGACACGGAGUUUCAGCCUCUGCCCAUGGAUGCGGAUGGGACGACAGCCUUGUUUGCUCUGAGUGGGCAGCCAGUCAUCGGCCUGGAGCUGAAGGUCACCAACCUACCCUCGGACCCAGCCCAGCCCCAGGCUGAUGGGGAUGACGCUCAUGAAGCCCAGCUCCUGGUCACCCUCCCUGCCGCUCUACACUACUCGGGAGUCCGGGGCCUGGACCCUGUGGAGAAGCCGCUGUGCCUGUCUGAUGAGAAUGCCUCCCAUGUCGAGUGUGAGCUGGGGAACCCCAUGAAGAGAGGCGCCCAGGUCACCUUCUACCUCAUCCUUAGCACCUCAGGGAUCACCAUUGAAACCGAAGAGCUGGAGGUGGAGCUGCUGUUGGCCACCAUCAGCGAGCAGGAGCUGCAUCCAGUCUUGGCCCGUGCCCGUGUCUUCAUUGAGCUGCCGCUGUCCAUCACGGGGGUGGCCAUUCCCCAGCAGCUCUUCUUCUCUGGUGUGGUACGGGGAGAGAGUGCAAUGCGGUCUGAGCGGGAUGUGGGCAGCAAGGUCAAGUACGAGGUCACGGUUUCCAACCAAGGCCAGUCGCUCAACACCCUGGGCUCGGCCUUCCUCAACAUCAUGUGGCCCCAUGAGAUUGCCAACGGGAAGUGGUUGCUGUACCCCAUGCGGGUGGAGCUGGAAGGCGGGCAGGGGUCCGGGCAGAGGGGGCUCUGUUCCCCCAGGCCCAACAUCCUCCAACUGGAUGUGGACAGCAGGGACAGGAGGAGGCGGGAGCUGGAGCCACCGGAGUCGCAGGAACCUCGAGAGCAGCCGGAGCCCAGCACGUCCUGGUGGCCAGUGUCCUCUGCUGAGAAGAGGAAAAACAUCACCCUGGACUGCGCCCGGGGCACAGCCAACUGCGUGGUGUUCAGCUGCCCUCUCUACAGCUUUGACCGCGCGGCUGUGCUGCACGUCUGGGGCCGCCUCUGGAACAGCACCUUCCUGGAGGAGUACUCAGCUGUAAAGUCUCUGGAAGUGAUUGUUCGAGCCAACAUCACCGUGAAAUCCUCCAUCAAGAACUUGCUGCUCAGAGAUGCUUCCACGGUGAUCCCGGUGAUGGUGUACCUCGACCCCGCGGCUGUGGCGGCAGAAGGAGUCCCCUGGUGGGUCAUCCUGUUGGCUGUACUAGCCGGGCUGCUGGUAUUGGCGCUGCUGGUGCUGCUCAUGUGGAAGAUGGGAUUCUUCAAGCGAGCGCGGUACCCCGAAGCCACCAUACCCCAGUACCAUGCGGUGAAGAUCCCGCGGGAAGACCGGCAGCAGUUCAAGGAGGAGAAGACGGGCACCAUCUUGAGGAACAACUGGGGCAGCCCCCGGCGGGAGGGCCCAGACGCCCACCCCAUCCUGGCUGGGGAUGGGCACCCAGAGCUGGGCUCUGAUGGGCAGCCGGUGCCAGGCACAGCCUAGCCUUCUCCACCCUGGCCUGGCCCAUAGGCCCCUUGAACCCCUUCCCCAGAGAUGGCUCCUGGGGAUGACGAGGGUAGACUGGGGUUCUGGUGUCCUAUCCAGAUUUGGCAGGAUCUCUUUCCUCUGGGGCCCAGAUCUCUGCCCCCCAUGAGGACCACCCCCCCGCCAAACUUCCCCUUACGAUGCUGUGAGAUGAGAGGGGGUAAAUCAGGGAUGGGUCGUGGGGGAGGGUGAGAAGGGCAGUGGUGUCCUGAUUCAAAAGUGGGGAGAAAGGACUCUAGUCCCUCCCUUUCCCACUCAGUCUGUAUGAUGGGACCCCAAGGACCUGUCUCCCGAAAGUGCCUUAAGCCCAGAGGGUGGCCUAGAGGGUGGGGAGGAGGUUACGUCGCUGACUCAGGGGCUCUUCCCUCCCUAGCUUCCCCUCUCCUCUGACCUUAGUUUGCAGCAUCAAUGUAGUGGAUUUUGUCUAUUUAUUAAAAAAUAUUU